GGUGGCGAGGCGGGUCCCUCGGCACUCUCCGUGGGCUGAGGCAGCAUCCCGGGACCGGAGACCAGCCACUUGCACCAUGAAGGCCAUGGGCAUCUUGCUGCUGCUGAGUCUGGCUCUUUUCUCUUUCUCCGCACAUCUACCGGGUGUGGACAGAGGCUGCCAGCAAGUCCCGGGAAAGAGGAUCUCACCAGCCCUUCCUAGAUACAGGAGAGUCCAUCCCAGCUGCCGGCCUGACACAUCUGUGUCGCGUGUUGCCGGCAAAGAGGAGAACGAGCUUGACUGCAGCGACUUCAGGGACUCGGGCACCUACUGCACGCGGGAGUCCAACCCCCACUGCGGCGACGACGGCAAGACCUACGGCAACUUGUGCGCCUUCUGCAAGGCCAUUGAGAGAAGCGGGGGGAAGCUUCGACUGCACCACAUGGGGAAAUGCUAAGUCCCCGGCCAUGCCAAGCGUCGGUCCGCUUUCACUCUCCAAGCCCAGGGCCCAGAUCCCCGCUCAUCUCACCCUCGCUCUGGGGGCAACGUUGUCUCCAAGCUGCUUGCUCAAUAAAGAAAACUCAGCAC